AUGUCCGAAGCUUGGAAAGGUUUGAUGAAUGUGAUGGAGAAAUUCAAGAUUGAAUGUUCUCAAGAUGUAAUGAAUGAAGUUAUGAUGUUUAGAUCACAAAAUCAAAGAUUUGGGUGUACUUUAGCUAAAAAGACUUAUGCUACCACUUCCCCAGGUAAAACAAGGAAAUUUGUGAUUCUUGAUGAAGAAGAUGAUGGUGAUGUGGACAUUGGUUCUUCUAUUUUUUUUGAAGUUGUUGGUAAUGAAGAUUCUCAUGAUGGUAGUGAUUUUGUGGAACCAAGAGUGUUUAUUGGUAAUGAGUACGACCUUGGUAAUGAAUGA